AGAUUGUUUUGUUACUAGCCAAAGUUCAAUUUUAAUGAAACCCGAGUAAAUUAAGGAUUUUAUAGUGUGCUACAUCUGCCGGGGAAGGCUCAACUUCUUGUGGAACCAAUGGGCAGAAACAACGUUUCCACGGAACCAUUUUACAUCCGUGCCAGUUGCAAGCUAGCACUCUGUGUAGUUCACCUGUCGCUGUGUGUUUGAUGAAGUGCAGAGCUAAGGGGAGAUGUGGUCCUUUUUCGCCAGGGAUCCCGUGAAAGACUUUGCGUAUGAAAUUCUCCCAGACAGCCAAGAAAAGUCCGGAAUAUGGACUCUACAUCGGGGAAAGCGAAAGACCACUGGAGAGCCAGUGUCUGUGUUUGUAUACGAGGUGGCUCAGGGCACAGACCAACAGACCCAGCUUGCCAAGGCUGCUUUCAAGCGUAUGAAGACUCUGCGUCACCCUAACAUAUUGGCCUAUGUUGAUGGAUUGGAGACAGACAAGAGCCUGUACCUGGUUACUGAGCAAGUUACACCCCUCGCGGUCCACCUGAAGGCACAGGCAGAGAAGGGGGGUGUUGGGGAACUGGAGAUCUCGUGGGGACUCCACCAGAUAGUGAAAGCUCUGAGUUUUCUCAUCAAUGACUGCCACCUGCUCCAUAUCAACCUGGGCAUAUGGGCUGUUUUUGUGGAUCGAGCUGGAGAGUGGAAGCUAGGGGCCCUCGACCAUGUGGCCCCUGAGCAGGGAGACCCAAGUGGGGUCUCACUCCCUGCUCCAAAGGCUGUUUACCCAGACAUGGAGAAAUAUGACCCACCGGAGAUGUCCAACAACAGUGGAGAGAAAUGGGCAGGGGAGGUGUGGCGACUAGGUUGCCUGAUUUGGGAGGUGUUCAACGGGCCACUGCCGCGAACUUCUUCCCUUCGUUCACUGGGAAAGCUCCCCAAGGCCCUGGUCACCCAUUACUGUGAACUGGUUGGAGCUAACCCCCGGGCUCGACCAAACCCAGCCCGCUUUCUCCAGAACUGUAGAGCCCCGGGGGGAUUCCUAAGUAACAGCUUUGUGGAGAGCAACCUUUUUUCUGGAGGAGAUUCCAGGUCUAUCAAGGAGCCAGCCGAGAAGCAGCAGUUCUUCCAGGAUCUGAGUGACAAUCUCGAUUCCUUCCCUGAAGAUUUCUGUAAACACAAAGUCCUGCCUCAACUACUCACCGCCUUUGAAUUUGGCAAUGCAGGCGCUGUUGUCCUCACACCGCUCUUCAAGGUGGGAAAAUUUUUGUCAGCGGAAGAAUACCAGCAGAAGAUCAUUCCUGUCAUCGUGAAGAUGUUCUCCUCCACAGACCGAGCUAUGAGGAUACGACUUCUGCAGCAGAUGGAGCAGUUCAUUCAGUAUCUGAAUGAGGCAGCAGUAAAUUCCCAGAUUUUCCCUCAUGUUGUUCAUGGCUUCACAGACAACCCUGCCAUCAGGGAACAGACUGUGAAGUCUAUGCUGCUUGCUGGCCCCAAGCUAAAUGAGACCAACCUGAACCAGGAACUCAUGCGCCACCUGGCCCGGCUGCAGGCUAGAGACGAACAAGGCCCUAUCCGGGCCAACCCCACUGUCUGUCUGGGAAAAAUUGCCUCCUACCUCAACGCUGGGACUCGACAGCGUGUUCUGAUUUCUGCCUUCUCUCGAGCCACAAAAGACCCGUUCCCUGCAUCACGUUCUGCUGGUGUGCUAGGCUUUGCCGCUACACACAACUACUACAGCGUGACGGAGAUCGCUGCCCGAAUCCUGCCCACCCUUUGUGUCCUUGCUGUUGACCCUGAUAAAAGCGUCAGGGACCAGACGUUCAAAGCCAUCAAGAGCUUCCUUUCCAAACUAGAGACUGUGUCAGAAGAUCCCAGCAAGCUGGCUGAGAUUGAAAAGGAUGUAGGAUCAUGCGCUCAGCCUGCAGGUGCCUCAUCCAGUUGGGCUGGCUGGGCUGUGACCGGCAUGACCUCGCUAACUUCUAAGCUGAUCCGCAAUGCUCCAGGAACAGAAGGGGGUGCAGCCGCUGAGGGCAGCAUACCUGCCGCCAAUGCCACCAGCCCCACUAGUGUGAAUGAUGGAGCACCUGCACCAGGUUCUGAAGAGAAAACUCAGCAAACCUCCCUGAGUCACCAUGCUGCCUCUAGUCGUGCCAACCAAUCACAGACCCUUGAAGUAAGAGAUGACAAUGAUGAGCCUGUAGGAGACCGCUGGGAUGAUGAGGAAGACUGGGGGAGUUUGGAGGAGCCAGAGAAAGCUCAGACUGAGCCCGAUGACUGGAGCACUGACUGGUCAGGAAUGGGAUCAUCUAAAAAGAAGGUGGGCCGCGCGUCCACCUCUGUGGCGGUGAAAAAGCAGAGCUCUGACUGGAGCUCAGGCUGGGAUGCUGAUGACAGCUGGUCCAAUGAGAAAGAAGGCCAGGGUCAGAGUUCUGCAGGCGAGGAAGGCUGGGGCAAUGACUGGGCGGAGGAGGAGACUGACACAAGCUCGACCAAUAAGACGGUGGCCCUGCCUGAAGGUGUGCGGUUAGCCAGCGAAUACAACUGGGACACCACAGCAAAGGGGGCCGGUCAGAACGAUCUGUUCGCCAGCGUGUCCCAAAGAAACACAGCCAGCACGUCUGCGGCCACGUCUGGAGAUGGCUGGGGUGCAGAGACUACAGGAGACUGGGGAGCUGAGGAGAGCUGGGAGUCGGUAGAUGGAAGCCAGGGCCUCAGCAAGGCAGAGCUGUCCAAAAAGAAACGUGAGGAGAGGAGGAAGGAACUGGAGGCAAAACGGGCGGAACGAAAAGCUGCUAAAGGUCCUCUCAAACUGGGCGCACGCAAGCUGGACUGAUGAGGGUGGAGCUGGGGUACAUGGACCUCACUGACUGGCCCAAAGCAGUGGAUGGAGGUUCCACAUUCCACAAUUUAAGGACCAGAAAGAAGUGGCAGCAUUAAAAAAAAAGAAAACUGAACAGUUGCUAUAGUGGAGGAAGCAAAGGAAAAUGUUUCUGCCGGUUGACUCUUAGGUUUGGGAUUUUCUGUCUUUUUUCCUGGAAAAACAAAAAGUUUACAGAUGAUAGAGGAAGACAGAAAGAAAAUCUGGAGAGGCAUGAAGCACCACAAAGCAGCACCCCCUGCAGCAGAGGCCUGACCAGGUUUCACAAAAUGACUCCCUUUUUAUUUUUUAUUCAUAACUCAUACAGUUGCUGUUGUAAAGUAUAUGUAUAUAACUGGUGCAUCUCAUUACAAGAAAUUACUUUUUAGAAGGAAAAAACAAAAUAUAUAAUAGAAUUUCUGAAUCACACAUUUAUUAUUACGCUGAAUGUUUUUCAGUACAUGUGAAUACACACUCACACACACACUCUCUGUGGUUACGAAUGUUUUAGUUAAGUUACAGACUAAAAAUAAGUCCAUGCAUGCACUGUGUAUUGUGUGGCCUCCUAACAAAAGGCUUCAUGGCAAGACAUUACAAACGUGCUGACUUUGCACAUGCAGCACUGUAUUUUACAGAACUGGCCCGACAGGGUAACACUGGUGACUGCUGAGAGAUCUUUAAAUGACAAACAUGCACUUUGGACACACAAUGGAGCAGCUGCAACAUGAAAAUAUGGGAAUCUGGUGGUUUCAGGGCAAAAAUCAGUUGAGGUGUAGUCUUGUGGUGGAUGUGUGAAAUCAAAAUUAACCCUGUAGAGCUCAUGGGCACCUUUUGAAAUCAUACAAGGAAGUGGAAGCUUACUAACAAAUAAUUUUAGUCCGUAUGGGUGAAGGAGAACCCUUUUAUACUUUUUUUUUUUUUUAAUUUGUGCCUUUAUUUAAUUGAUUGAAUCACAUCCAAGAAUGCCACAUUUACACACUUUGAAAAGUGUACCUGAUGUGUGUCAAAGCUUCAGACUUUGUGAUUUGACCAAAACUUAGUGUGACCCUGUGUGGCCGGUCUGAGUUGGAUAUGGUAUUGCCAGAUUUGGUGUUACAAGCCAGACAAAAUGUUUAAUGGAUGAGCCUGCUGACACAAUCGACUGGAUCCCCACUGGAUCUGAAGUCCAGGUUUGGGUUGGCCGGGUCCAGUUAUGAAGGGAACGACACUGCAUUAGUCUGGAGAAGCCCGGAUGUUUUACAAAGAAUCCAAAUCAUGUAGCAUGUGAGCUAUUCUGAUGUAUUAAUUAAAAAAAAAUAAAGUUUCUUCUUGUA